AAACGACAGCGCUAUGGCGGCAGAGAUUCAUCCCCUUCCGCAGACACGAAAACCCGUCCUGCUAAGUAAAAUCGAGGGCUUUCAAGAUGUGGUGAACACGGCUGUGAUAAUCCCCAAAGAGGACGGGAUUAUCAGUGUAUCUCAGGACAGAACAAUACGUGUGUGGCUGAAAAGGGACAGCGGUCAGUACUGGCCCAGUGUCUAUCACACAAUGCCUGCUCCAUGUUCUUGUAUGUCCUUUAACCCAGAGACAAGGAGGAUCUCUGUUGGAAUGGAAAAUGGCGUUGUGUUGGAGUUUGUGCUGUCUGAAGACUACAAUAAGAUGACUCCUGAACGAACAUACCAGGCACAUCAGGGUAGCGUGACUGUGGUGUUGUUUGUGUUAGAGAUGGAAUGGGUUCUAAGCACAGGGCAGGACAAGAGCUUUACAUGGCAUUGCUCAGAAAGUGGGCAGCAGCUGGGCACAUACAGGACCACAGCAUGGGUGUCUGGACUACAGUUUGAUAUGGAGACCAGACACGCCUUCGUUGGAGAUCAUUCUGGACAAGUGACAAUCCUAAAACUUGACCAGGAUAGUUGCAGUCUGGUCACAACCUUUAAAGGACACACAGGCAAUGUUACUGCUCUGUGUUGGGAUCCUGUCCAAAGGGUUUUAUUUUCUGGAAGUUCUGAUCAUUCAAUCAUCAUGUGGGACAUCGGGGGCCGCAAAGGCACAGCUAUUGAACUGCAGGGGCACAAUGAUAAAGUGCAGGGUUUGUGUUACGCUCCUCACACACGUCAACUCAUUUCCUGUGGUUCAGAUGGAGGAAUAGUUAUCUGGAACAUGGACGUCACACGACAGGAGACUCCUGAGUGGCUCGACAGUGACUCAUGCCAGAAGUGUGAACAGCCGUUCUUCUGGAAUUUCAAACAAAUGUGGGACUGCAAGAAAAUUGGGCUACGGCAGCAUCACUGUAGGAAGUGUGGACAGGCCGUGUGUGGAAAAUGCUCCUCCAAGCGUUCUACUAUUCCUCUCAUGGGAUUUGAAUUUGAGGUGCGGGUUUGUGACAGUUGUCACGACUCAAUUACAGAUGAGGAACGGGCACCGACUGCAACAUUCCACGACAGUAAGCACAGCAUCAUUCAUAUGCAGUAUGAACCAACCAGGGGCUGGCUUCUUACCUCUGGGACGGACAAAGUCAUCAAGCUGUGGGACAUGACUCCAGUAGUAUCAUGAGAAUUCCUCAGUAGCGUCUGCAAACACAAACUAAAAAGAUGAAUCUGACUCGUGUGUUGGCAGAGAGCGAGAUUUCCUUGGUUUUCCUGAGAAACAUAUCUUAAGUGGUGACAGGUCAGAAUAGUGCUACUUCUGUCAUAGGCAGAAUAAUCUUAUGGGGGAAAUGUUGUGUUAUUAAAAACACAUCUGGACAUGUGCAGUUGUAUGUAUUUGUGCAUGAACACAUGGUUAUGGGAACAGUCUUGUACAUAGAAUCCAGUCUGAAUCUGCUUGGUUAUGUUAUAUGUAAAUAUUUGUUUACACAUAUAUAUUGUUAUAUUUUGUCUGUGAAAAAAUCUACCGUUAUGUUUCAAGUCUUAUCCCAAACACAAAUGGAUCCUGAUGAUAUUCUAUCAUAGCAUGCAGGAACUGUUUUUAUAUUUAAGUGCCUUUACCGCAAUUAUACCACAAUUAUCAGUGGUCCGGAUUUGGCAUAGGCAUUUAGCGUGUGGCUACUAUUCCCUUUUGGUCACAGUCUAUUCAUCUCAGACUCAAUAAUGUAAGCACUUAGGUUUUGUCAUAAUGUAGGUUAAAAUGACGAUUACACAUGCCGAUUGUUUAUACAAUGAAAAUAAUGCUUAAUUACAAUAACAUUGUACUUGAGCUUAUGUUUCAUAGGUAUCUGAUUACUGUAAGAACCAUGUAUAAUCGUUUUUAUUUAUGUCAUAAAAAUCACGUGAUUUUUCACAUGAAAUGACUUAUUUUUUUGCUGUGUGGAAUGAAAUCUUUUGUAAAGAGUGACUUGUGCAAGCUGUAGUAUGUGAAACAUAUGUAUGCGGUAUGUGUUCAUAAAAUACCAGGAAAACCACAUUUUAAAGAAGCUAAAGCUUUGAAUAUCUCAAUCAAAAUUACAAGUGUAGCUGUUGGAUUCCCCGUUAGAAGAAUGUGUCUAAAGGAUUUCCAAAGAGGCUAAAUCAUGUCUGAAUUGCAUGUUCUUUGAAUACGCCAUAUACUGUAAAAGUUGAGUAUAAGCGUAAUAUUAAGAUUAUUAUGUGUGCGAUACUUUGCACAUUAUGAAAAUAACACAUAAUGAACUUUGAAUUAAAAGCUCUUAGAAUUUGAGAAUGAUGUCUUCUCAUAUACAUAAAAACUCAAAUAUGAGACCACAAGUGGCAAGUGACUUAAACUGAGCAUAUUUCUGUCAUCUCAAUUUUGGACAAGUUAACCGUUUCUUUUGCAAUCGGAGAGACCCUCUCAGUAUCCUCAACUAAACACUGAACACAGACUUGUUUCCCAGUUUUGCUUUGUGAUUAAUAUCUUAAAGGAUCCUUACUGUAGUACUGAAAUGUGACUGAUAUUGUGAAAUAAAAUUUACACUGAAAUGA